AUGUUCUCUGGUUCCACCAAGCUACUCUGCUCCCCCAAUUUGACUUUUACGAAAAACCCUAAUCCCCAACUCCCAUUUUCACCCCCAAAUCGUUUUCUUUAUUCUCACAAACCCCAAAUUCGAUGCGCCAGAAAAGGGUCCAAACGAACAGGGAAGUCUAGGUACCCAUCAGAGAAAAGGAAGCUUAAAUCAAUCCAACAAACGGAAACCCAAAUCGAUAAAUUCAAAGGGUUUUGGAGGCUUUUCAAACUUGGCGUUUCCAUUGAUAGAGACCCUGGUAAAGAUUUUCUUCAUAUUUCUGAUGCUUUGCUCGAGGAAGUUGCCAAAGUUCUCGAAUUUCCGGUUGCUUCAAUGUUACCUCCAGAAGCUUUUGUGGUUCUUAGAAAAUCAUUUGAUGCUAGAAAGAGUCAGAAGGAGCCCAAAUUUGUGUACACAGUGGAGAUGGAUGUCGAUAAGCUCCUGGAUCUUGAACCUCGAACUUGGGACUUCAUUUCGCUUUUGAAACCCAAAAUUGGGCUAAUUGAGCAUAUGCCACAUGAAAAAGUUGUGGGUGAUUUGGUUAGCGUAAUACAUGAUAACAAGAAGAUCGACCAGGAUAGAGUCCCUGUAGAAAAUGGUCAUAGUAGUUCACUAAGUGGUUCCAAGUCUCCAGCUGCUAAAAAGCCAAAGAUUGCAGUAGUGGGUAGUGGUCCAUCAGGCUUGUUUGCUUCACUUGUACUUGCAGAGUUCGGUGCUGAUGUUACUUUGAUAGAACGAGGGCAACCAGUAGAGAAACGUGGACGUGAUAUUGGUGCUUUGGUGGUCCGCCGAAUACUGCAAUUAGAAAGCAACUUUUGUUUUGGCGAGGGUGGUGCAGGUACUUGGAGUGACGGAAAGUUGGUAACUAGAAUCGGGCGGAACAGUGGAAGUGUUAUGUCGGUUAUGAAAACUUUAGUUCAGUUUGGAGCUCCAGAAAGCAUCCUGGUGGAUGGAAAGCCCCAUCUAGGGACAGAUAGGCUGAUACCACUUCUCCGCAACUUUCGGCAACAUCUACAAGAUUUGGGUGUUAACAUCAGGUUUGGAACAAGGGUUGAUGAUCUGAUUGUAGAAAAUGGCCAUGUUGUUGGUGUUAACGUAUCUGAUUCAAGUGGAAGAUUACAGCUUAGUAGUGAGAAGCUGGGAUUCGAUGCAGUUGUUCUUGCAGUCGGGCAUUCUGCACGUGAUGUAUACCAAAUGCUUCUUUCUCAUAAUGUGGAAUUGCUUCCCAAAGAUUUUGCCGUCGGUUUGCGGAUUGAGCAUCCACAAGAAUUGAUAAACAUCAUUCAGUACUCUAAAUUGGCUAAUGAGGUUCGAAGUGGGCGGGGGAAAAUACCGGUUGCUGAUUACAAGGUUGUGGAAUAUGUCAAAGGAGAGGAGAAAGAUGCUUCAUCACGCAGUUGUUAUUCUUUCUGCAUGUGUCCCGGUGGGCAGGUUGUUGUAACGAGUGUAAAUCCAUCAGAACUCUGUAUAAAUGGCAUGUCAUUUUCUCGGAGAGCAUCCAAAUGGGCUAAUGCUGCACUUGCUGUCACUGUUUCACAAAAGGAUUUCAGUGCUCUUGGUUUUCAUGGACCUCUUGCGGGUGUCGAGUUUCAGAGGGAAUUUGAACAAAGAGCGGCUAAUAUGGGAGGUGGAAGUUUUGUUGUUCCUGUGCAAAUUGUCAAAGAUUUUAUGGAUAACAAAGUUUCUGCAACUAGUUUACCAUCAUCAAGUUAUCGAUUAGGAGUGAAAGCAGCAAAUCUCCAUGAGUUGUUUCCAGUUCAUAUAACAGAGGCGUUGCAGCAUUCAAUCUCAGCUUUUGACCAAGAGUUACCAGGAUUCAUAUCCAAUGGUGCCCUUCUGCAUGGAGUAGAGACUAGAACUAGUUCACCGGUCCAGAUUCCUAGAAUUCCCGAGACUUUCGAGAGCAUGUCAGUGGGAGGAUUAUAUCCAGUAGGAGAAGGUGCAGGGUAUGCAGGCGGGAUCGUAAGUGCAGCCGUGGAUGGCAUGUAUGCUGGUUUUGCUUUGGCAAAAAGCCUGAAUCUCUAUAAGGGUGAAAUUGAAUCGAUUUUCGGGAAGGGACAGAAUUCCGUAUCCGUGAAAUACUAGAAACCAGUAUAUAGCCUUUUUAUUGGUAUAGUCCACAAGUUUUUAUUGAUAUGCCUUGAAACACAUUCUAAUUGUGGCUUCUUUUCUGUUUGUUUUUUUGAGUGUUAACCAUCCCUUCCUGAAAUGAAUCCUACAAGUACACUAUUUUCU